CACCAUCCAGUCAGAAACGACGCUGUCAACUUAUUACUCACGUCAAAGGACGGCCAUCACUUUGGUGACUGUUUGGGCCCCGCGAAAUUCACCGACUACCGAUCGCCCUAACUGGAGCUAUUCCCUGAUUUGGCGCUGCCGUGCCCGCAUCCAAGCGGACAAUCAUCUGUCCGCGGUGGCUAGUGUGAUCUUGCUUCAAGAUCAGGCGUCUCCCCAAGUACACUAUCCCGUCUUCCACCUCUGAACGACUGUAACAUCUUGGUCACUUCCACCUACCUGCCAACCACAUCGAUACCAUCACAGACUCUAUCAGCCCAACAUGGCGAACGCCCGGUCAAAGUCACCACCGGGCGGCGCCGGUGACGUUUCACCGACGGGCAACGGCUCAGGCUCGACAGCCACUACCAAGAUGCGCAAGAGGACUAAGACUGGUUGCUUGACAUGUCGCAAACGCCGUAUCAAGUGUGGCGAAGAACGCCCAACCUGUGCCAAUUGCAUCAAAUCCAAGCGUCAAUGCGAGGGCUACAACCAGCGAGUAGUCUUCAAACCUCCUAUUGGUGACUGGCCCAAUCACCCAGGAGUGGUCAGCACCAUUCAAUAUCACACUUCGAUGCUCCCUGGCACACGAAAUCCGCAGUUCCAAACACCUCAGUCGACUGGUCAAGCUCAAGAACAUGCGCCUGCCCCCCUCCAACCUCGACCUUCGGGCAGCUUCGACAUCUCGAAUAUGGACGCCGACAGCACCAUUGCGAUGUCCACUGCUUCCCAAGUACUUGUUGGAGGGCCUAACAGCUACUCUCCAGAGCAGACCUAUCAACAGCCACUGCCAUCACCACAUCAGCAGCCGCUUCACUCACCCCAUCACCUUAUCCAGAAUCCUACACCAACCACGUCCUACUUCCCGCAACCGUCACCAAUACAUACCACUUUCCAGAUCCCAUAUAGCCACGGUCAGGACGCAACAUUCCCUGAUCCCCAACGAUAUACACAGAAUCAAGGUCUUUACCAACCAACACCGGCCUCGUACGAUAAUUUCGUCGACGCCAAGCUCGCUACGUCGCAAGCACUACCCACUCAAGCAGUCUUCCAACAACAGUAUCCUUCACCAACACAAAGCGAGGAUUACAAUGCACACAUCCAGCACUCAAACAUAUCGCCACGAGAAGACACCAUUCCCCAUUAUGCGGGACAACGACCUAUUAUGCAGCGAUAUAACAGCCAUCCGCACGUAGCUGGCCAUCAUCCUCAGCUCAGUCCAGUUGGUGUGAGCCAGGCUGGCUAUACCUUUUCCUCGUUCUCGCAUGCAGAUUUCACACAUUCUAGUUAUCAAUCUGUCCAGAUACCCUCACAUGAUAUGAUGGCGGAUGCAAAGUACUUACCUCAACCAGUUCUCGAACAACCUACCGCCGUCUCUCAAACUCAGACCGAAGAAUCACGACUCCUGCUCAGAGGGUUUGCUGGUGACGACCAUGUCAGCCCUUCUCAAGUCCUCGACGAGGCCGCGAUCGAAUACGAAGACGACGACUACUGGGAUGUGCAGUCUGACGACGAGAUGAUCGAUUGCGACGGUGGGGAGAACACAAUGGUUGCGAGCAAAGAGUUCGAGAUCAUCCGUCGCAUACACUUCGAAAACUCCAGUGAGCUUGGUAUCAGACGCUAUGACACAUUCUUGUAUGACGGUCUCUUAACACGCUACAAGCCAGAGUAUGCAGCGAGUCCACUGAGAAAUCCCAAGGCAGCUCGGGUCUUUGCGCACUUCAUCCACGUGACUGCCGUCAGUAUAUCCAUUUACGAACGAAACCCCAGAAACUCAUCCUUGAUCUUCGAAGGCCCGACACCUCCUGCGCAACAAGGACUGUGGACAUACAUAUUACCUCUGAAAGCUCUCAAUCACCAAGGCUUGUUGCACGCUAUGCUUGCGCUUUCGAGUCUGCAUAUUGCAAGACUACAGGGUGCAUCUAUAACGCCUUCGUACAAGCACUAUGCAUACUCUUUGAAGCGCUUGGGAAGAUCUCUUGGCAAUCCAAAGAAACGUCUCUCGAUACCCACGCUAGCAACAGCUCUACUUCUUGCCUUCUAUGAAGUCUGGACAGCUGAGCACACGAAGUGGUCAACUCAUCUGGUUGGCGCAGCACAACUGCUGACUGAGCUCGACUUUCGCUCACUGACCCGCGAAGCUCGACGUCUGAAGGCUGCGCAAAUGGCAGAAGAAAGGCAAUUCCCCUACCAAAACCCCGAGAUGCUUAUCGACCAGCAUCAGUUCAACGAGAACAUUCGCGAGAGGGACCUCAAGCCGGAUGAGAAUCUCGUGAGCGCAAUCAUUGGCAAGCAAGUCAGCUACGAUGACUUUGGCAUGAUUGUUGAGGACAACGGUGCUAGACAGGACGCGAAAACAAGACUCUUAGGCGACUUUGACAUGAGAAGUUUCGAGACUCUCCAAGAUCUUUACUGGUGGUACUGUCGCCACGAUAUGUGGCAGAGUUGCGUGAGCGGAAACCCUCUGAUUACACACUACCGGAAGUGGUCCGACUGCCCACCACGAGCACCACUUGGCCGAGCAGACGCACUGUACGGCUCUCAUGAUCAUAUCGUCUUACUCAUUGGUCGUAUAGCAGACUUUACGUGUCGCGAUCGAGAGCGAAAGCUAAGACAAGCCAAAGCUGAUGGCGGACAAUGGAGACCUAGGCCUGGAAUGCCUGGCGAACCACCAGCAGGCAUGAGUAGAAGCCAGCCAUCAACGCCUGGUGUUGGGCCUCCUUCUCAGAUGAAAGGACCACCUCCCGGAUGGACAGGCGGCCCACCACCAGGGUGGAAAGGUCCACCGACACCGAGAGAAAGCCCCCCAAGCGGACCACCACCUGCGAUGCCAAACUUCUAUGGCAUGACUCCCGCUCGACCACACGCACCAAUCACUACCCGCUACGCGAACCCAGAUUACAAGCGCUCACCCCCAACACCUCACGUACCACUCCCAGAAUACGCCGAUCUACCAUCCGCCUAUGAAAGUGCGAUCAACGAAUGGGACAACAUCAACGCCGCCCACACAACCAUCGCUCAAGUCCUAUCUAGCACCAAAUCCUUCGCACCGCUACCACCAGAACUGCAAGUCAUCCCACCCGGCGAAACGAGCACAAUGACACCCUUCGGCCCCGCCCUCGUCCACCGAAGCUACGACAUAAGCGUCCUCUGGGCACUUCUCUACCUCUCUAAAAUCAUCCUCCUGCGCGCUCACCCCACCAUGCCGCCAGCGAUGAUGAUGGCCGUCGGCGUCUGCGCGCAAGCUACUGGACCGUAUGCGACGCUCAUCGGCCGCAUAACGGCGGGCAUGCAACUCCCCAUGGGCGAAGACCUUUCGCCGUUCUUGGGCUCGGUACUCCAGGAAUCGACGAUGAGCUUGUUCUUCGCGGGAGUCCAGUACCAAGACCCAGCACAGCGCGAAUGGACCGUCACCCGCCUCCUCGAGAUCGACCGUCGAACCGGCUGGGCAUCAGCGGGUAUCAUUGCGCGCGGAGUCGAAACGAGUUGGGAGAAAGCGGCGCAGAUGGGCCGCGGGCCGCCGUAUAAGCGCCGCACGAGAAGGGUGGGUGAGGAGGGGCCGCUGGUGCUGGAGGAGGAGGGUGCGAGUCCGCCGAAUUGGAGACAUAAAGAGGAGAACAAUGCGAUGGGGAAGGGGGCAAGGAUGGAAGAGGUGGUGGAUGAGAGGGGGCUGGAUGAAAGGAGGUUUUUGGUCAAGCCGAGGAUGGUGACGUGGGCAAAAAAUGUGUUUGGGACGGAGGAGGAUUUGCAGGCUGGGAUGGAGAGAGUUGGUCUCUGAUUAUUGGAUGAGAUGAGAAAAGAAGGGGAUCGAUGAGAUGCGGAAAGGAAAGGAAGGUGAAGCCAGGUGCGAAGGAUGGCGAUUUCACUCACUGAGGAAGAUCAUGACCGGCACAGGAGCAAGGCGAACUCUGUGCGAAGCAAGGCACACCAAGCAGCCGAAACGACUCGAACUGUCACACGCAAUUGGC